CCACCUCAGCAGCACACCAACCGACCGAAGUACACUGAGACUGAGUGUAAACACUCAGAUUCUGAGAGACACAGAGAGAGUUUGAUGAGUGAGAGUGAGAGCUGAACUGAGCUAGCUAGAGCUUAAUGGCGGCGAUAGGGAAGACGAUUCUGGACUCGGGGUGGAUUGGAACCAGGGACAGGGAAGUCACCGUCACUGGGACCCAGCUCACCACCACUCACCCUCCCUCUCCCGCCCUUCCUUGGAUGGAGGCCGUCGUUCCCGGAACUGUUCUGGCAACCUUGGUGAAGGGGAAAGAUGUACCGGAUCCUUUCUACGCAUUGCAAAACGACUACAUUAUAGACAUUUCUGACUCCGGGAGGCAGUACUACACAUUCUGGCUCUUUACAACUUUUCAGUGUAAUCUGUCAGGCACACAGUUUGUGGAUCUGAAUUUCCGCGCAAUCAAUUACUACGCCGAGGUGUAUCUAAAUGGGCACAGAAAAGACCUGCCAAGAGGGAUGUUUCAAAGGCAUUCUCUUGACGUCACUGAUAUAGUGCUUCCCAAUGCUCAGAAUUUGCUUGCUAUUUGUGUUUAUCCCCCGGAUAAUCCAGGGACUGUUCCUCCUGAGGGAGGGCAGGGUGGCGAUCACGAGAUAGGGAAAGAUGUAGCUGCACAAUAUGUGGAGGGUUGGGAUUGGAUGUGUCCUAUAAGGGAUAGAAACACGGGCAUAUGGGACGAGGUGUCAAUUUCUGUAACAGGGCCAGUAAAAAUAAUUGAUCCGCACUUGGUUUCAUCGUUUUUUGACAACUACAAGAGGGUGUAUUUGCAUGCUACAACUGAGUUGGAAAAUAGAAGUGCCUUGGUUGCUGAGUGUUCUUUGAAUAUCCAAGUAACAACAGAACUUGAAGGAAACGUUUGCUUAGUAGAGCAUCUUCAGACUCAACAUUUGUCAAUCCCUGCUGGAUCACGGGUGAAAUAUACAUUUCCUGAGCUCUUCUUCUACAAGCCGAAUUUAUGGUGGCCAAAUGGUAUGGGAAAGCAAUCCUUGUACAAUGUUGACAUUACUGUUGAUGUGAAGGGAUACGGAGAAUCUGAUUUGUGGAACCAAUUAUUUGGAUUCCGCAAAAUUGAGAGCUACAUUGAUACUGCCACUGGUGGGAGGUUGUUCAAGGUCAAUGGUCAGCCUAUUUUUAUUCGUGGUGGUAAUUGGACAGUAUCAGAUGGCCUCCUUCGACUUUCAAAAGAGCACUACAGAACAGCCAUCAAGUUUCAUGCAGAUAUGAAUUUGAACAUGCUACGCUGUUGGGGCGGUGGAGUGGCCGAAAGGCCAGAAUUUUAUCAUUACUGUGAUAUUUAUGGUCUGCUGGUCUGGCAAGAGUUUUGGAUUACUGGAGAUGUCAACGGACGAGGUAAACCAGUAUCAAAUCUAAAUGGUCCACUGGACCAUGAUCUUUUCUUGCUAUGCGCGAGAGAUACUAUCAGGCUUCUAAGGAACCAUCCAAGUCUUGUCCUUUGGGUGGGUGGAAGUGAACAAAUUCCACCAGACGACAUCAACACAGCUUUGAAACACGACCUCAGGCUCCAUCCAUAUUUUGAAAACUCUUCAAAUGAGAGUGGCAAGAUUGUUGAAAAGUUGUCCCUGACUUCAGAGGAUCCAAGCCAAUAUCUUGAUGGUACACGCAUUUACAUUCAAGGGUCCUUGUGGGAUGGGUUUGCAAAUGGAAAGGGGGGCUUCACUGCUGGCCCUUAUGAAAUCCAAAAUCCCGAAGACUUCUUUAAGGAUGGGUUUUACGAAUAUGGGUUCAAUCCUGCGGUUGGUUCUGUAGGCACACCAGUUGCAGCUACCAUCAGAGCGGCAAUGCCUCCAGAAGCAUGGCAUAUUCCUUUGUUUAAGAAGGUUUCAAAUGGUUAUGAAGAAGUUCCAAACGGCAUGUGGGUACACUUUAAGUACAAGCCUUAUUCAAAUCCGGGCAAGGUUCAUGAUCAGAUUUUGCUUUAUGGGUCACCGAAAGAUCUUUAUGAUUUUUGCUUAAAGGCUCAACUAGCUAACUACAUCCAGUAUAAAUCUCUAUUGGAGGGUUGGACUUCCCAAAUGUGGACUAAAUACACUGGUGUUUUGAUUUGGAAAACACAAAAUCCUUGGCCAGGUCUUGGAGGUCAACUUUACGAUCACUUUCUAGACCAAACUGCAGGUUUCUAUGGCUGUCGCUGCGCUGCUGAGCCAAUACAUGUCCAGCUUAACUUAGCUACGUAUUUUAUAGAGGUUGUCAACACUACAUCAGAGGAGCUAUCUGACAUCGCUAUAGAAGCCUCGGUGUGGGAUCUAGAAGGAACAUGCCCAUACUACAAAGUUCACGAAAAGGUGUCAAUGCCACCGAAAAGAACAGUACCGAUUGCUGAGAUGAAAUAUCCAAAAUCUAAAAACCCAAGGCCGGUUUACUUUCUUCUUCUCAAGCUGUAUCACAAGUCAGAUUAUCGCAUUAUUUCCAGGAACUUUUACUGGUUGCAUCUGUCGGGUGGGGAUUACAAGCUGUUAGAACCAUAUAGGAAGAAGACAGUACCACUCAAGGUUACAUCUCAGAUUUUCAUCAAAGGAAGCACCUACGAAAUGCAUAUGCGCGUGAAGAACACAUCUAAGAAACCAGAGCCAAAAAGUUUGACCUUUCAAAACAAUUUCACUACUAAUCAAGGUGAUGGCAAUUUCGAUGUAGCGCCAGUGGAAGCUACACAUGAUGGAGCAGACAGAAAACUUGAAGUUGGCUGGUUUCAUAAAAUAUCCAGACAUUUCACAAAUGAGACUGAUGGUUUGAGGGUUGCUGAAAUCAAUGGCGCCAACAUAGGCGUUGCUUUCUUCCUUCAUUUUUCUGUACAUGGAGCGAAGAAGGACCAUAAGGAAGGAGAAGACACAAGAAUCCUUCCGGUUCAUUACUCGGACAACUAUUUUUCACUGGUGCCAGGUGAGGCUAUGUCGAUAAAGAUCUCUUUCGAGGUCCCUCCCGGUGUCAUCCCUCGAGUUACUCUCGACGGAUGGAAUUACCAUGGUGUCCAUACAGUCCAUUGAUUUGGUUAAAGAUUGCUUUCUUUUGUCAAUCAGUCUUUGCUGUAUGUAACAGUUCGCACAAAAGUUCUUGCUCCCCUAGCAGAAGACCAACAAGGUGUCAAGCUCCAACUUCUACAUGUUACAUUAUCCUUUGUUUCUACAAAGAUUUUACGUCAACCUCCUCAAAUGAUGGUUGGAAUAAAAUCAAGAUAUAAGUUGAGAAUAUUUUUUUCUUCAGCAACAAGGAGCUUGUAAUUCACGUGAUUAAGAGUAUUUAGUUUAAUGGUGUUUCUUUCUCAAUA